AUGGCAUCGGCUGCUAGAACGGCUUCCCGGGCCUUCCUUCGCUCGACCCCCGCUACCUCUUCCUUCAGACCUGCUGCUCGCAGUGCUCGCUUUGCCCUCCCUUCUCAGGGCUUCCGUGCUGCCUCUCGCCGCGGCUAUGCCUCUGAGGCUGGCGAGGCCAAGUCCUCCAACAGCCUCCUCUGGGCUGGUAUUGCCGCUGCUGGUGGUGUUGGCGCCUACUUCUACCUGAAGGGUGGUGAUGCCUCCGUCAGCUCCAAGGAGUUUGUCCCCACCAAGGAGGACUACCAGAAGGUGUACGAUGCCGUUGCUCAGCGUCUCGCCAACGAGACCGACUAUGAUGAUGGCAGCUAUGGUCCCGUUCUUGUCCGUCUGGCAUGGCACGCAAGCGGUACCUACGACAAAGAGACUGGCACUGGUGGAAGCAACGGUGCCACCAUGAGAUUUGCCCCCGAGUCCGACCACGGCGCCAACGCUGGUCUCAAGCACGCCAGAGACUUCUUGGAGCCCAUCAAGGCCCAGUUCCCCUGGAUCACCUACUCCGACCUCUGGACCCUGGCUGGUGCCUGUGCCAUCCAGGAGCUCGGUGGCCCUGCCAUCCCCUGGAGACCUGGCCGUCAGGACAAGGACGUUGCUGCUUGCACCCCUGAUGGACGUCUCCCCGACGCCACCAAGGAGCAGUCGCACAUCCGUGACAUCUUCUACCGCAUGGGAUUCAACGACCAGGAGAUCGUUGCCCUGGUUGGAGCUCACUCCCUUGGUCGCGCCCACACUGACCGCUCUGGCUUCGACGGUCCCUGGGACUUCAGCCCUACCGUCUUCACUAACGAGUUCUUCCGUCUGUUGGUUGAGGAGAAGUGGCAGCAGCGCAAGUGGAACGGCCCCAAGCAGUUCACUGACAAGACCACUGGUACCCUGAUGAUGAUGCCCGCUGAUCUUGCCCUGACCAAGGACAAGGCGUUCCGCAAGUACGUCGAGCUCUAUGCUAAGGACAGCGACCUCUUCUUCAAGGACUUCUCCAAUGUGUUCGUCAAGCUCCUUGAGCUUGGUGUCCCCUUCAAGACUGAGGACCGCUAUGUCUUCAAGACCUCCGAAUCCAACCACCCCCUCACCCAAGACCACUACGAAGUCCUCAACCUCCCCUUCACAGAGACGCCAACGGCACUCUCCAAACAACAACUGAAAGCAGCUUAUCACAAAGCCCUGCUAAAGCACCACCCGGACAAAGCGCCCGGCGCAAUCGCAAAAGAUGUCCAAACCAGCAGCAGCAGCAGCCUCCCUACAUCAGACACAAACUCCUCCUCGCACACGACUUAUCGCUACACAAUAGACGAGAUCACAACCGCAUACAAAACACUAUCUGAUCCAUAUCUACGCGCUGAAUACGAUCGGUCGCUGCGACUCGAUCGCGCAAGGGUCGCGGAACGGGAGAAGACAGGCACGGUUUUCCAUACGGGGCUGGAGGUCGUUGAUCUGGAGGAUCUGGCGUGCGAUGAGAGUGAUGCGGACGCUGCGCUCUGGUAUAGAGGGUGUCGGUGUGGAGAUGAGAGGGGGUUUUUGGUCACGGAGCAGGAUUUGGAGAGGGAGGCGGAACAUGGGGAGAUUGUUGUGGGUUGUCGGGGGUGUAGUUUGUGGAUGAAGGUUUUGUUCGCUGUUGAGGAUGGGGAUGAGGAGGAUACUUGA